UUGCUGCCUCGGCCGCAAACUACUGUGUAAAAACCAGCCUCUGCCUUGGGCCAGAAACCGGCCUACCCGACCUAAGCUAGUAGAGCCGUCACAAGUUUGUGACGGAAUUAGAGACUGUCCCCUAGGCGAAGACGAAAACUGUAUCAAGUGUGAAAAUCCCCCACAAGUAGAAUCAGGCUAUCGGGUCGACAACCAAACGGUGUUUACCGUUGGAGCCGUUGUAAGUUACACCUGUAUUCCCGGAUUCGUUGUGCGUGAAAUGGACACCAUAUAUUGCGACUAUCGGGGAUUGUGGUCGCAGGCUCCAGUUUGCGAUAAACUAUGCGGGGACUUACCGAGCGUUAGAAACGGAAGCGUGAGUGCUAGUGGGCUUCUCACACCUGGAACAACAGUAAUUGUUUUUUGUGAUGAUGGUUUCGAACCGCUGAGAAACUUCUUCACGUGUGCUACAAACGGGUCAUGGAUCGGAAAUCCUGCAUGCGUGCGCCGAUCAUGCCCGGUAUCCGCUCUUCUCGGCGUUGCCAACGCUACUCGUCCGGAAGUAACAGGCUCACUUACUGUCGGCUCUGUGUUGACGUAUAUUUGCAGUGGCGGAUUUUCCCCUGCUCCGAAUAGCAGCAUGAAGAUUACUUGUAACGAAAUGGGGGAAUGGACGGGGAACCCGGCUUGUUUUAUUAAUCCACCCUGUACUAACGUUGUCACCACGACUAAGGGGGUGUUGUGGCGCCUGUGUGAUGGAUAUGCGCCGGGUAUAGGUCACCCCAGCAAAGGUCGCAUCGAGGUCAACUUCGACGGCACGUGGGGAACGGUGUGUGAUGACGGUGACUUUUUAGAUGUCGAUGGCAAUAUAGAAAGCUUUCCCUGGUCAGUCGAAAGUCUAAAUGUAGCCUGCAGAACGUUUGGUUUCAGUAAAAGUACCGGAGUGAACAGGAGGAGAGCAUAUUUCGGCGAAGGAGUUGGCCCAAUACUGCUGGAUGAUGUCAUUUGCACUGGCUCUGAGACGUUGUUUACAGAUUGCUCUCAUUCCAGAGAUCACAUUGCUACAGGAGAAUGCUCCCACUCUGAAGACCAGGGCAUUGAAUGCAUUUAAAUAUGGAUAUCAAUUGUACGUGCGUUUGUUAAGGGAUUGAUACAUAUUGAUAUCUGGUGUGUACACAAAGAGGUUUCUCUAUUAAGAAUGAACAUUAACUUCAUUUUGAUUUAUCAAUAUUUUAUUUUGUUUCUUUUUUAAUUAGUAUUGUUUAAUUGCUAGUUAUAUCUUGAAUUGAAUUCAUUUAUGGAAAGUUAGUUUCACGGCUUUCGAUAUGCUUAGAUAACAAAGAUAAUUAUUGAUGCUUAUUAUUUACCUAUUGAUGUGUUUCACACCUUGUAUAUUAUCGCUGUUUGGUAUCUCAGCAUGUGUACUGAGUGAUAACACAAUU